AUGGCAGAGUAUCUCAAUUUCUUUAGAACAAAGAAGAAAGAACAGCUUGACGAAGACGAAGAAGCUUAUAAGCAACAAAUGAAAGCUCUUAAUGGAGCAAGAGAAAUCCUUAAGAAACAAGAGAUGGAGAAGGCUAAAUAAGCUAGCAGAAGAGCAAUCUUUACAUGGAGGUAUCACUGUUGUUAGUCCAGAUAUUGAUGUCUCAAUGGUUAGUCAGAAGCAACUGGAUAUUCUCCUCCAAAAUCGCCAGGAUAUCCAAAUCUGUCAGAAGCCAAUUGAAGAGCAGGAUAUAGCAGAAGUUCCUAUUAAGAAGCCAGAAUAUACUAAAGAAGUAAAUUCGAAGGAAAUACAACUGACUGAUGCACUUAAAUCCAUUAUGGAGAAUGAUGAACAAAUAAAAUGAGUCGGAAGCGAAGCAGUCGAUGUUCUCUUUAAUGAAACCAAGAAAAUAUUCAACCAGAAUGCCGAUCUUGUAGAGAGAAUCAGUGAAAUAGAGCAAGAAAAGUAUAAACUUCAGGAAGAAAUGAAGGAGUGUUACCAGAAAUAACAAAGUCCUCACCAUGGAAAAUGAGUCCCUUAAAAGCCAACUCGACUACGAACGAAAAGAAAACAACAAAUAACCUGUGUCAAGUCCACCGUCUCCAGCAGAAACUUGAUGAGUUCAAAAGGAUGAAUAAUGAAGAAUUCUACAAAGUCAAAAGAGACGAAGUCAGAAUCAGAAAACAGCUUGAUGAAGUUAAACUGAGAUACCAGAGAUCUCAGGAUGCACUCGACAAACUCAGACAGAAAGAAGAUGAAGUCAACGAAAUGCAAGAGUACUUCCAAGAACUUAAAGACGAAGAAGACCAGAAGCGUAUUCAGCAACAGCUCCAGUUUGAAAAAGAAAAGCAUAGUCUAUUGGGACUGAUCAAGAACAAAGACAAAGAACCCAUAUUAUGUUUGCUUGGGUACCUUGAGCUACCAGAAGUCAACAAAUUGUCACUGCUCUCUAAGUCCUACCACUCUGCUUUGUGACACUCAGGAACUUACAUCUGGAAGGCUGCUUAUCGCAACAAUAACAAGAUCCACCAGGCCAUGACCAAAGAACUUCAGAGACAGAUUGAUGUCAAGAAGCAAGAAAUCAGAGACAUUGUGCCAGCCAGAGAGUUCAACCCUGAUGACUUCGCUGAUGAUGUGGCUGACACUGACAUCACAAUGUUGCUGAAGACUUACUGAGUCGACAACACCAGAGUCGGAGAAAGCAUCCAAGCCACCAUGUUUAAUGCGAAGACAUUCCUCAACAAACAAUUUGCAGAAAUGCGGAGACUCUUCGAGCUCGAACAACAGAAACUUCUGCAGCAGAGAGAAGCUCAGAGAAAUGCUCCUAAGCAGAAAGGAGGGCUUUUCGGAAUGCUCUUCAACAAAAUUGGAGGACAGCCUAAGAAAGAACAAGACAGCAUUGAACAGAAACCUCAAGAAGCAAACCCAACUUCAAGCGAGAAGUACUUGCUUUCAACAAUGGACCAGCCUCCUCCUAAAGUUGAAGAAGCCAAACUGAUAGACUUCGAUGAUGACCCACAAGAACAACAGAACCCAGAGAAAGAAGUCCCCAUGAAGAUUGAAGAUGAAGAGUCCAAACUUGCAGAUUCAGAAACUCACCAGGAGACAGUGGAUGAACAGGACUCAUUCGGAUUUGGAGACCAGAGAGUCCGCUCAGAUAGUUUGGCUAGCACCAGCACCAACAGGAUGUACAGUCGUAAAGACCUUAGUGACAUUGUCAGCGUUGACGAGCUCCACAAGUUCAUGUACAAGUGAGGAGCCAUGCUAGUCACUCAGAGCCCAAGACAGAUGGAGGAGUGGGUUGAUUGGAUGCAGAGAACUCUUGCUGAGUAUUAUGUGCGCUGCCAGGCUUUGUACACCCAAGCCAAAGAAGUCGAAAUGGUCAAGGACUUCUUGAGUCUGAAGCUUCAGGCUGUACAGCACAAACUCAACAUCGUUACAAACGAGAAAGAAGACCUUCUCGAACACCAAAACGCUGAAUCUGGCAUCAAAGAGUACCUGGCCAAACAAAUGCAAGACCUCAACACCAAGCAUAUAGAGAAAACACAUGAGUUGGUCAUGGCCAAGCAAAAGCUAGCUGAGGCACACCAAGAAGUUGAAAGCGUCAAAUACGAAUAUGAUGAAAGGCUUGUCGAGAACGAAAAGGGAAGAAUCAAGUUGUCCAAAGAACUUAAGGCUCUCAGAAAACACUCUAAGCUGCUUGAAAUCGAGAACAAAGAGUACAAAGACAUUUUCAGCGAAAUGGAAGACUAUAUUGCUCGAUUGCUCAGCAAGAAGGCCUCAUAAGUCCACAUCACUUCGCACUGAUACUGGCUGAGUAGUUAGGAAUGUUCAAUAAUCUUA